GGCGGCGGGGAGCUGCGAGGGAGCCGGUGGGGGGCGCUGUCCCCGCGAGUGAGGCCUGCGCUUUCAGGCAGCCGCGGAGAAGGAGGCGGAGAGAAAGGCCGAAACUGGGAGCCACACUACUUCACAGCCAGCGCUUUCGUGUUCGGGGAGGGGGGACCCCUGUAUGGUUCAUUCAUGGACUUCAAAUAAACGGAACGCCGAGCCUGAAAUUUUUUAGCGCCGCGUUUUGUCGUCGUCAUCGUCGCCGUCGUCGCCCCUGCCGCCCCGGUCCCGAGCCGGUCAUGCAGCCGCCGCGAGGGGAAUGAGCCGCAGAGCCCUCGGGUCUCGGCUAAGCAGCGCCCACAAACUGCAGCGGAACUGGAAUGACUGGCAGCCCAGCGGCGACGGAGCAUCAGCCAGCCCAGACGGUGUGAAGCGCGGCGCCCCGAGAGAGCACGGCCCUGAGGCGCCCCCCGACUCGCAGCCUUUCGGCGCGCCCGGCAGCCCCCCGCAGUGCGAUGAAGCCUCCGCAGCCUCUGAUGGACUCGAAGAAGAGGGUGGAUAUGAAGUUAACGGAGGUCUUGGUGAAAGUGCUUUUGGUCGGAAGUCGCUGGGGCAAGAGCUGAGAAGAAACGAUGUGACGGCGGAUUUAACCAGUUUUCAGCAUGGAAACCGUGCUUUAGCUACAAAGGACAUGAGGAAAUCACAGGAUCGACUGUUGCCCUACUCUGAUGAAUCUCGGCUGGCCAACCUCCUGCGGCGGGUGUCCCGGGAAGACGAUAGGGACCGCAGGCUGGCCACCAUGAGGCAGCUGAAGGAAUUUAUUCAGCACUCGGAAAACAAAGUGGUCCUAGUGAAGCAGCUGGAAAGUAUCCUGUCUGCGCUACACGAUGUUUUAAAUGAAAGCAGUAAACUACUCCAGGAACUGAGACAGGAGGCGGCCUGCUGUCUGGGCUUGCUGUGCGCCUCCUUGAGCUAUGAGGCAGAGAAGAUAUUCAAGUGGAUUUUUCAGAAAUUCAACUCCUCCACCAAAGAUGAAGUCAAGCUGCUGUACCUGGUGUCUGCAUACAAGGCUCUGGAGACGGUUGGGGAGAAGAAGGCGUUUUCCCCAGUCAUGCAGCUGGUAAUGAGCAGCUUACAGUCUAUUCUGGAGAAUCUGGACACCCCUGAACUGCUGUGUCAGAGUGUAAAAUGCAUACUCUUGGUGGCUCGCUGCUACCCACACAUUUUCAGCACCAACUUCCGGGAUACUGUGGAUAUCCUUGUAGGGUGGCACAUUGAUCACACACAGAAAACAUCACUUACUCAGCAGGUGUCCGGCUGGCUACAGAGCUUGGAGCAGUUCUGGGUGGCAGAUCUUGGGUUCUCCACUACCUUGCUGGGGCAGUUUCUUGAAGACAUGGAGGCCUAUGCAGAGGACCUGAGCCACGUGGCUUCAGGCGAGACGGUGGAUGAGGACGUGCCCCCGCCCUCGGUGUCGCUGCCCAAGCUGGCCGCCCUGCUGCGCGUGUUCAGCACGGUGGUGCGCAGCAUCGGAGAGAGGUUCAGUCCCAUCCGCGGCCCGCCCAUUACGGAGGCAUACGUGACCGACGUGCUCAACCGGGUCCUGGCCUGCGUCACCACGGCCAAGCAGGUGUUCUUCUCGGAGGCGGUCCUGACGGCGGCCAACGAGUGUGUGUGCGUGCUGCUGGUGAGCAUGGACCCCGGCACGAGCCAGCUGGCGGACGCGGUCAUCUCGUACGGCCUCGGCCAGCUCGACAGCUGCCGGGCCUGCGGGCCGGAGUACUGCAUCGCCGUGCUCAACCUCCUGACACUGAUCAUCGAUCAGAUUAAUACCAAACUGCCUGCGUCAUUCGUAGAGAAGCUGCUGGCGCCAGAUUCACAGCUACUGGAGCUGCGCUUCCACAGAGAUCGAGAGGUGAUCGCUGCAGCACAUGCUGUGUACCAAGCUGUCCUGAGUCUAAAGAACAUACCCAUCCUGGAGGCGGCCUACAAGCUGGUGCUGGGGGAGAUGGGCUGUGCCCUGAACAGCCUGCUCGGACUGCUGGGCCUGCCCCCUGCCUGCCCCCACAUACAGCACAACGCCUUUGCUCACAUACAGCUGCUGCCAGAGAGGGCAGAGUUCAUUGUCAUCUUCAACCUCAGUGCCCUCACUACCAUUGGCAACACGAAGAACUCUCUUAUUGGGAUGUGGGCCCUGUCUCCAACCGUGUUCGCCCUGCUCAGUCAGAACCUGGUGGUGGUCCACUCCCAGCUGGCGGUGCAUCACCCUGCCAUUCAGUACGCUGUGCUCUACACCCUGUACUCUCACUGUACCAGGCAUGAUCACUUCAUCUCCAGCAGCCUGAGCUCAUCCUCCCCGUCCCUGUUUGACGGGGCUGUUAUCAGCACUGUCACUACGGCAACCAAGAAACACUUCAGCACCCUCCUCAACUUGCUGGGGAUGCUCCUGAACAAGGAGCACCUCUACCCCGAAGCCCGGAAGAUCCUGCUUACCUGGGCUGUUGAGAUCGCUCUGGUGAUGAAGAAAUCGGACACCUACUCUCCCCUCUUCUCCCUUCCAUCGUUCCACAAGUUCUGCAAAGGCCUGCUGGCCAACGCCCUGAAUGAAGAUCCCUCUGUCUGCCUCCAGACCUGCAUCGGUCUGCAGGUGCUCUCCUCAUCCCUCCCCGCAGAUCUCCUGCAAAGGUGUGUGGAUGUGUGCAGAGUUCAACUGGUACACUCUACCGUGCGUGUCAGGCAGGCUUUCGGGAAGCUGCUGAAGACCAUCCCCUUGGACAUCGCCCUGAGUAACCGUGGACACACUGAGAUUCAGGAGAUUUCUCUGGCCAUCCGUGGACACAUGAGCAAGGCUCCCAGCAACACCUUCCACCCACAGGACUUCUCUGACCUCAUCAGCUUCAUCUUGUAUGGGACUGUGCACCGCGGGGGGAAGGAGCCCUGGCUGGAGAGGCUGUUCCACAGCUGCCAGCGGCUGGAGAAGCGCGACGCGGCCCCCGUGCCCCGAGCCCUGCUGAAGACGGAGGCCGUGCUGUGGCAGUGGGCAGUCUGGGAAGCGGCGCAGUUCACGGUCCUGUCCAAGCUCCGCACCCCGCUGGGCCGGGCGCAGGACACCUUUCAGACCAUCGAGGGGAUGAUCCGCAGCCUGGCGGCUCACAGCCUGAACCCGGAGCAGGAGAUGAAUAACUGGAGUGGUGGAGAGAGUGAUGAGGGGCACCACAGCAACCAGCUGCGGCUCGCCUUGCUGCUCCAGUUCCUGGAGAACUUGGAGAAGCUCAUGUACAAUGCCUACGAGGGCUGUGCCAACGCACUCACAGCGCCACCUAAGGGCAUCCGGACUUUUUUCUACACAAACCGGCAGACAUGCCAGGACUGGCUGACUCGAAUCCGAAUGGCGCUGAUGCGGGUGGGACUGCUAUCGGGCCAGCCAGCGGUCACUGUGAGGCACGGGUUCGACCUGCUCACAGAAAUGAGGAACAGUGGUGCUCCGGGCUCUGAAAUGGAGGUGCCCAUCAUGGUGCUGGUGGAGGCUCUCUGUGACCUGCGCUGUCCAGAGGCCAUCCAAGGACUGGCAGCCUGGAGCUCUGCCAGCGCAGGAAAGAGCUUGAGCUGGGUGGGCUCUGUGGCCUUACAGGCUGAGGGGAAGUUCGAGAAGGCUGCUGUGGAGUAUCAAGAACAACUGUGCGCCAUCACUGGAGUGGACUGCUCUAUCAAAGGCUUUGACAAGUCCCUGCUGAAGGUAGCCAGCACCAACAGUGGCAAUAGUGCCAGCCCAAAGCACACAGGCAAUGGAGAUGGCCGGAAGACCGUGCUGCUUAAACCCAGCGACUGCUCACCUGAGGUGCUCAACUUCCUGGCCAACAAGGCCUGUGAGUGCUACGUAGCGCUCUGUGACUGGACGUCUGUUCAGGAGUGGCAGAACAGCACCCUGGCGUUGAAGAAGACCGCAAACGGCUCCACCAUCCACCUCAAGACAGACUUCAACUACAUCAGGGCUCUGAGCAGCUUUGAGUCAGGAGAUUUUGCCGAGUGUUGUGAGCAGCUGGAGCUCCUGCCUGGAGAGGACAUAGGACUGCUCAAUUCCUCCUCCUCUUCCUCCCGAGACAAGCUAGACCUAAAGAGGCUCCUACCGGGCAUGCUCAGUCCAGAUCCUACCGAGCUGCAGAAGGCAAUUGAGGUCCAGCUGUUGAGGAGCGCUCUGGGUGUGGUCACUACCGUCAAUCACAAUGAGCAGGACCAGAAAGCCGCGCCUGUGUCCGAAAACUUGGUGAGGUACCUGAAGCAGAUGGGUCGGAUCUCUCUGGGGCCCCUGAGGCUGUCCACUCUGACACUGUCGGGUGCCCUGCCCACGCUGAGCACCCUGCAGCUGCACUGCGCCACCUCUCUGGAGAGCACCCUCACUACCCAGUUUUCUUCCGAGGACUGCCUGAUCCCUCUGUACAGCCAGGCCCUGUACUCCUGUAAACAGCAGGAUGUCCAGCCCUGGCUCCAUGCCCUGAGGUACACAGCUUUCCAGAGGCAGCUGUCCGCGAAGCUGAAAGGCUCCUCCGUUCCCGUUGACUCCCACCUCAUGGAGCUGUGUCUGACUGCCGUGAAGUUCGCCCGCAAACAAGGGAACAUCGCCCUGGCCGCCAGGCUGCUGGCGCAGUGCAGCGAGGCGCCCUUCGGGGGCAGUGCCAGCGGGCAGGACCUGGUGCAGCUCUUUAAGGGGUUGUCCCUGCAGGGCUCUGUGGGAGAGAAGUGGGGUCCUGAGCUGGAGAUUGAGAAGGCGAAGGUGCUCUACACGGCUGGCCAGUCCGGCUCGGCCAUGGAGAUGAUGAGCUCGUGCGCGCUGUCGUACUGCCGCUCGGGGAAGUGCGAGCGGGCCGCCUGCCGCUCCGUCCUCACCCUGUGCAAGUGGCUGGUGGCGGAGUGGAAGGACCUGACGGCGCAGCUGAAGCAGGUGGUGAAGAGGCCCCCCAGCUUACCCCCUCUCGGUAAAAACAUCGCCGCCCUGCUGGAGCUGCCGCUGGAGGACCAGGGCGUGCCAGGCAUCACUGCAGAGGCCACAGUGAGUGUGGGAGUUGGGGAGGCCGACUUCGUGCUGGGGCAGCUGUACCAGUUGUCGGCUGUUCAAGCUCCAGAAGUGGCGAAGUCCUGGGCUGCCCUUGGCAGCUGGGCAUACAGAUGGGGCAGAAAGGUCGUGGACAACGCCAGCCAAGGAGAGGGUGUGCCUUUGCUGCCGGGGGAGAAGCAGGAAGUAGAGGAGCUGCUUCCAGCUUGCGCUUCGGAGGAUGACAAAGAGACCAUCUACAGCAUUCUUGGCCAGGCUAUGUGUCGACCAGCGGGAAUCCAGGACGAAGACAUGGCUCUGCAGAACGAGGAGAGUGAGGAGGAUGACAUGGUGGAUGUGAUCUGGAGGCAGCUGCUGAGCUCGUGCCCCUGGCUGUCCGAAGCAGAGGAGAGAGUGACCGAGGGGCUCAUCAGAGUGUGGCGCCGGGUGGUGGACCGCAUUUUCAGCCUGUACAGGGUGUCGUGCCGGGCCUAUUUCACCUUCCUGAAGCUCAACGCCGGGCAGGUGCCCAUCAGCGAGGACGACCCGAAACUGCUGCUGAGCGACGACCCCGGCAACCAGAGCAACGACGACAUGAUCGUCAUGGCGACCCUGCGGCUGCUGCGCCUGCUGGUGAAGCACGCGGGGGAGCUGAGGGAGAGCCUGGAGCUGGGCCUGGCGUCGACGCCCACGGCGCCCUGGAGAGGCAUCAUCCCGCAACUGUUCUCGAGGCUGAACCACCCGGAGGUGUACAUCCGGCAGAGCAUCUGCAGCCUGCUGUGCCGGGUGGCGCAGGACUCCCCCCACCUCGUCCUGUACCCGGCCAUCGUGGGCUCCAUCUCCCUGGGAGGGGAGGCUCAGGCCGCAGGAGGCAAGCUGCCAUCGGCUCUGCCCACCCUGCUGAGCAAUAUCCAGGGUGAGGCGCUGUGCGGUGGCGAGAGCGAGGCGGGCAGUGCCCCAGCCUCCCAGGAGAGCAGCAAGGGAGAGGAGAUGGUGUGUUCCAGCGAGGACCAAGCCAUGAUGCAGGACUGCUACAGCAAGAUUGUGGACAAACUUUCCUCUGCUAACCCAACUAUGGUGCUACAGGUCCAGAUGCUGGUGGGUGAGCUGCGGCGCAUCACCCUGCUCUGGGAUGAGCUGUGGCUGGGGGUCCUGCAGCAGCAGCACAUGCACGUCCUGCGCAGGAUCCAGCAGCUGGAGGACGAGGUCAAGAGGGUGCAGAACAACAACACGCUGCGCAAGGAGGAGAAGAUUGCCAUCAUGAGAGAGAAGCACUCUGCUCUGAUGAGGCCGGUGGUCUUUGCGUUAGAACAUGUGCGCAGCAUUACAGCAGCUCCCGCUGAGACCCCCCAUGAGACGUGGUUUCAGGAGAACUUCGGAAGUGCUAUUGACAACGCUCUGGAGAGACUGAGGAACCCCUCGAACCCGGCAAACCCUGCCAGCAGCUGGAUACCUUUCAAGCAGAUCAUGCUGAGUCUGCAGCAGCGUGCACAGAAACGUGCGAGUUAUUUGUUGCAUUUGGAUGAGAUCAGCCCUCGCCUGGCAGCCAUGUUGAGCACUGAGAUCGCUCUGCCUGGAGAGGUUUCUGCGACAGAUGCUAUCACCAUCCAGAGUGUGGGCAACACCAUCACCAUCCUCCCUACCAAGACCAAGCCCAAGAAACUCUACUUCCUGGGCUCUGAUGGCAGGAACUACCCCUACCUGUUCAAAGGGCUGGAGGACUUGCAUCUGGAUGAAAGGAUCAUGCAGUUCCUCUCCAUUGUCAACACCAUGUUUACAAAAGUGAACCAGCAGGAAAGUCCCCAUUUCCAUGCCCGUCACUACUCUGUCACUCCCCUGGGCACACGCUCCGGACUCAUCCAGUGGGUGGAUGGGGCCACGCCCCUCUUUGGGCUGUACAAGCGCUGGCAGCAACGGGAGGCCAUCCUGCAAGCUCAGAAGAUCCAGGAUUCCUUCCAGCAGCCCCAGAACCCACCCAUGGUGCCCCGGCCCAGUGAGCUCUACUACAGCAAGAUCAGCCCCGCGCUGAAGGCAGUGGGGCUCAGCCUGGACGUGUCCCGGCGGGACUGGCCGCUGAGCGUCAUGAGGGACGUCCUGAGGGAGCUGAUGGAGGCCACUCCGCCUAACCUGCUCGCCAAGGAGCUGUGGUGUUCCUGCACCACCCCCAGCGAGUGGUGGAGAGUCACUCAGUCCUAUGCCAGGUCCACGGCCGUUAUGUCCAUGGUGGGAUACAUCAUCGGGCUGGGAGAUCGGCACCUGGACAACGUGCUGAUCGACAUGACCACGGGCGAAGUGGUGCACAUUGACUACAACGUCUGCUUUGAGAAAGGGAAGAGCCUGAGGGUGCCGGAGAAGGUCCCCUUCCGCAUGACCCACAACAUCGAGACUGCACUGGGGGUCACCGGGGUUGAGGGCAUAUUUAGACUGUCCUGUGAGCAGGUGAUCCACAUGAUGCGUCGGGGGCGAGAGACCUUGCUGACCCUGCUGGAGGCCUUUGUGUACGACCCCCUGGUAGACUGGACGGCCAGUGGGGAGGUGGGCUUCGCUGGUGCGGUCUACGGAGGCGGGGGGCAGCAGGCGGAGAGCAAGCAGACCAAGAGAGAGAUGGAGAGGGACAUCACCCGCAGCCUUUUCUCCUCCCGCGUAGCAGAGAUCAAGGUGAACUGGUUUAAGAACCGAGAGGAGAUGCUGACGGUGCUGCCGCAGGUGGAGAGCGGGGUGGAGAAGUACCUGAGCCUGCAGGAGCAGCUCACUGAGGUUGAGAAGCUGCAGGGCAAGCUGCUGGAGGAGAUCGACUUCCUGGAGGGAGCAGACAGCAGGACGGACCAUCCCAUCCACACACUGGAGCACAGGUACUCGGAGCACACCCAGCUGCAGUCUCGGCAGCGGGCCGUGCAGGAGGCCAUCCAGGUGAAGCUGUCGGACUUCGAGCAGUGGAUAUCCCAGUACCAGGCUGCCUUUGCCAGUCUUGAAGCCACUCAACUUGCCAGCCUCCUGCAGGAAAUCAGCAGCCCCAUUGAUCUGGGCCCGCCCAGCUACGUGCCAGCCACCGCUUUCCUGCAAAACGCGGGUCAGGCGCACCUGAUCAGCCAGUGCGAGCAGCUGGAGGGGGAGGUCAGCGCCCUGUUCCAGCAGAGAAGGUCGCUCCUGAGGGGCUGCCUGGAGCACCUGCACAGCUACGCCACCGUGGCCCUGCUGUACCCCCGCGCCGUGUUCCGCCGGCACCGGGCCCACAUGUGGAAGCAGUGGAUGGAGGAGCUCAUCUGCGACAUGAGUGUGGAGCACUGCCAGGCCAUCUACCACAAGGCGGAGCGGCUGAAGGCGGAGGGCGCCGGCGUGCCGGCGUGCGAGGAGCAGCUGCAGGAGAUCGAGCGCUGCAUCGCCGUCUUCCUGCGCGAGAACGGCGAGCUGGGCUCGCUCAGCCUGGCCGGCAUCAUCGUCUCCGCCCUCUGCGCCCUCACCAGGCGUAACCUGGUGAUGGAGGGCGCGGCGGCCAGCGCCGGGGAGCAGCUGGUGGAGCUGAUGUCCCGGGACGGCGCCUGGUUCCUGGAGGAGCUGUGCAGCAUGAGCGGGAACGUGGCCUGCCUGGUGCAGCUGCUGCAGCAGUGCCAGCUGCUGCCUCAUGACCUGGACAUCCCCAGCCCCGCGGAGACCGCGCAGGCCGUUUACCUGGCCAACGGGGUGUACACCUGCCUGCAAGAGCUGAACACAAACUUCCGGCAGAUCAUCUUCCCGGAAGCGCUGCGCUGCAUGCUGAAGGGGGAGAGCACGCUGGAGGCCAUGCUGCUCGAGCUGGACGCGCUGAUCGAGCAGUGCGCCGACGGGGUCUCCCUGCAGGGGCUGGGCGAGGCUCUGCAGGCCCACCUCCGCAACGCUGCCAUGGGACUGGAUGAGGAGGCCGACUCCCACUACCUUGAUGUCACCAGGAUGCUGCGAGCCCAAUACUCGGAGCUCAUUCAGCCCCGCUCUCUUGAGGGGUCUGUGCAGGAAACCCCCAAGAUGAGCGCGGGACAGAUGUUGCUGGUGGCCUUCGAUGGGAUGUUUGCACAGCUGGAAACUGCUUUUGGGCUUCUGGUAGAAAAGCUCAACAAGAUGGAGGUGCCCGCGGCGUGGCGGAAGAUCGACGUGGUCCGGGAGGCGCGGGCGGCGCAGGCGAACUUCUUCGACAGCGCCCAGCACCGCCAGGUCCUGGAGGAGAUCUUCUUCCUCAAGAGGCUGCAGACCAUCCGCGACUUCUUCAGGCUGUGCGGCUCCUUCGCUCAGACCCUCUCUGGAACCUGCCCUCCCCCCUCUGAAGACCCGGGUCCCUCCAAUGGCCCUGUGCCUCUAGCCGGGGUGAAAUCGAUGUACCGCGGCACUGUGGUUGUGAACGAGGACCAGAUGGCCCGGCCCAUCAAGGCCUUCACGGCAGACUUUGUGAGGCAGAUGCUGAUGGGCUUGCCCACGCAGGUGCUGGGACUGGCCCUGUGCAGCGCCCUGAGCGCUCUGGGAAUGGACCUCAUCGCACAGGUGGAGGCCAAGGACUUUGGCGCCGAGGGCAAGGUGUCCCUGGACGACAUGUGCAAGAAGGCAGUGGAGCAGGGCGUGCAGGCCGGCCGGCUCUCGCAGCUCCUCCUCAACCGAGCCACAGUGCUGGCCAGCUCCUUCGACACGGCCUGGAAGAAGCUGGACCUGGUCAGGCGCGUGGAGACCAGCAUUGAAGCCUGUAAAGUCAGCCUCCAGAGGACGCAGCUCCACAUCGCCAUGUUCCAGUGGCAACACGAAGAUGUGCUGGGAACACGGAACCAGCCGAUGUCCGUCAGCCCCCCGCCGCGCUCCGUCAUCCUCAGCAACAUGAAGAAGAAGCUGUACAAGCUGAGCCAGGACGAGGCGUCCAUUGCCAGCGUGCAGGAGAAGCUGGCUGCACUCGAGGGCAGUAUCGAGCAGCGUCUGAAAUGGGCUGGGGGGGCUAACCCUGCUCUGGCGCCGGUGCUGCAGGACUUUGAGGCGACGAUCGGGGAGCGGCGUGCGCUGGUGAUGAAGGAAGGGCAGCGCACCAGCCAGGUCACCUUCCUCUGCAGCACCAUCCUGAACCUCGAGAGCCUGCGCACGCGCACUCCUGAGGCACUCAGCAUGGACGCCGCGCUGUUCGACCUGGUCAAGCGCUGCCAAGCCACCUGUUCGUACGCGGCGCAGUUCAACAGCUCCGUCUCGCCGCUGGAGCUGCGUCUGCUGCACAGGCUGAGUGCCGGGCUGGACACGCCCAUCGGCAGCCCUGACUGGCUGGUGUGCGCGCACAAGCUCCUGACCCAGGAGAUGUCGACUCAGAGGGCAGUGCAGGCGGAUCGCGAGCAGCAGCUGGACAGCGUCACCGAGACCCUGCAGGGGCUGGUGGACACCAUCAAGGGCAUCCUGUCCACCCACAACCGCCAGCUGGCUGAUGUCAAGCACCUGCUGCGGGCCAUGGCCAAGGAUGAAGAGAAUGCCCUGGUGGAGGGCGAGGAUGUGCCGUACGAGGGCAGCGUGCGUCAGUUCCUGUCGGAGUACAAGGCGUGGCAGGACAACGUCCAGAUUGUGCUUUUCACCGUGGUCCAGUCCACAGGGCAACCGCGCAGUCAGGAGCAGGUGGAGCUGCUGCAGGAGAUCCCAGCCACACUGAAGGAGCUCAAAGUACAGAGCCAGAGUGUCUACAAUGGGCUAGUGGGCUUUGCCUCACCCCUGGUGACCGAGAGAGCGAGUGACUGUGCAAGUCCCACUUCCUCCAGCAUGCAAACAAGCUUUGCUGCAGCAGUGCGUUGCAGUGGGCCGAAGACGCAGCCGGACAACAUGUCCCAGAAUGCGCGCAAGCCCUUCCCACGGAACCUGGGUACUUCAGCGGACACUCCGCCCAGCACCCUACUGCUUACCAGCAAAGGACUGGCCCCCAGCCCCAAGAGGGCUGUGAGGGACCCAAAAACAGGGAGAGCUGUCCAGGAGCGGAAUUCGUAUGCUGUCAGUGUGUGGAAGCGAGUGAAGGCCAAACUGGAGGGGAGAGACGUGGACCCCAACAGGAGGAUGAGUGUAACAGAGCAGGUGGACUGUGUGAUCAAGGAAGCUACGAACCUGGAUAACCUGGCCCAGCUGUAUGAAGGGUGGACGGCCUGGGUGUGAACUGGAAGCCAGCAGAUCUCUGGUCCAGCAAGGGCAGAAAUCCACCAGAAUCCACUGGGUCUGGGGCAAGCGAGCCACAGAGCACCGUGGGGGGGAGGGGGGGCUAGUAAUCCUCCCUGGGGCCCACUCCGGAUCCCCGUAGCACAGCUGCACCCGGCGAUCCAGAUAACACCACGAAUGGGUCUGCACCCUUCUCAUUAGGAGCUGGGGGGGUGACAGGAAUGGGAAGGGGGGGAGAAACGACAGGCGCCCAGCCUGAGCCACCCCCCUGCCCGUAAUAAAUAUAAAUAAAAACACCUCUCCUGAACUCCAAGAACAUGCAGAAAAGGUUUUGUGGUGGGGACUUUACAGGAGACAGGAUUCCGCAGAAACACCCCAGGUAGUUUUCCUCACACCUGUAAGGCAGAGAGAUGGAUACCCGACAUCCAUCAGACCUAGUGCAUGGUUCUGGAAAAUACUUCAACGGAGAGGGGAGAAAGGGGAAAACCAUCCUGUUAGGAUCCUCUUGACUUUUUUUUCUUGUUUUUUUUUUUGUGGUGGUCCAACGCUGCUUGUUGCCCCGCAACAAAGCUGGUUCACUGGCAGGUAGAGAGGACAGGGUGGCCGAAGAAAGGGAGGCUCGAGUGAACUCGGUUGUCAGCCCGAGAGCUGAAGUCAGAAAACAGAGGACUUCUUUCAGAAAUGGUGUCAUCAGAAUCGCACUUUUUAUUGGACACGAAGAGACUUCUCGAACACCGCUCUAAACAGGCGAGAUGGGUUUGUUGCAGUCUUUAUUCGAUGAAGGUUUGCAAUGCGAUGAAGAGCAAUUGGCUGGCAUGUUAUUUUUUUAAAGUUUCAGGCAUUCUGUAUAAUGCUUCAGUUCUAGAAAUCCAGUUACCUGUUUAGUGACGACGUUUCUGAUUGAUUUACGGAUGAAAAGCAGAAGAGAAAGAUGUCUUUUAAGUAUCUGAACAAAGAUGCGGUCAUUUCUUAGAGACUUUCAAAUUCAAAAGCCACAUGUAGAGCAGUUUGUUGAUUUAUACUUAUUUUUUCUUGAUUUGCAUCUCUGUUGUGUAUUGUAGACACUUUUUUUCUCCCACUGUUCCUGCUUUUGAAAAGCCCAUUGCAAAAAUUGGGCUAAUUUUUUUUUGGCUUGCCAGUGAAAAGAUGUGCCAUUCCUGUUUAUAUAUAUAUAUUAAUCCCCUUUAGCUUGAGUUUUACUAAUCUAGAUCUCUUCCAGUUUUACAUUCUUUGUGGGAGACGAUAAAUAAAGUGAUUGUUUUGGUGACGGUGCAAAUUGUUGUUUCUUAAAGAUUUUAUUCCGUUUUGUUUGAUGCACAAAUAAACCAGCAGGUUUUAAAAUUUG